CAAUGUAUAUGACUAUAUAUAAAAUUACAAUUUUAUAUUAGGUGAUCUAUUACACAAGAAUGUAAAUAAACAAAAUUGUCUCUAAAUGUCAAAAGUCGGCCGACGGCGACGUGUUUUUGUGGUGGGGAAUAUUAACGUGAAAAUGUAUGAAGGUGAUGUGGAACGCAAUCAGUAUACACUUUCUAAUCGUGGCGAUCGGUCUCGAUAAGAUAUAGUUCUUUUGCCGCGCAUCAAAAAAUGUCGUUCGAAAAUCUUAAGAAUUAUGUGAGUGCCCAUGGUCAAGAACACCUUAUCAAGUAUUGGCCGGAACUUAGUGAUAAUGAGCGAGAACAGUUGGCGGCAGAGAUCCGGAAGUUAGAUCUGGCGGAAAUUAAUGAAACUUUCCACAGAGCGAACGAAACACCAAAAGUUAUAUCGGAAAAAUUAGAUGACGAAUUAAAACCCAUUCCUCAAACUCACUAUGAAGCUGUUCCCAGCUUAACUGAGGAAAAAAUUACGGAGUAUGAAAAUAUAGGCUUACAAGAGAUAUCUGAGGGAAAAGUCGGUGUAUUGCUUCUCGCAGGCGGGCAAGCUACAAGACUUGGGUUUGGACAUCCUAAAGGCAUGUAUGAUGUUGGUUUACCAUCACAUAAAACCCUGUUUCAAAUUCAAGCAGAAAGAAUUCUUCGAGUGCAGCAAAUGGCGGAAGAAAAAACGGGCAAAUUUGGUAAUAUUACUUGGUAUAUUAUGACUUCUGAGCACACAAAAGCACCUACAGCAAAAUACUUCAAAGAUCAUUCCUUCUUUGGCUUAAACGAAGGAAAUAUAGUAUACUUUGAGCAGGGUACACUUCCAUGUUUUGAUUUUGAUGGAAAAAUUCUACUUGAUGAAAAACAUCAUAUUGCUUCUGCUCCAGAUGGUAAUGGAGGCCUUUACCGUGCAUUGAAAAGUCAAGGCAUUCUAGAAGAUAUCAAAAAGCGUGGUAUCCAGCACCUACAUGGUCACUCUGUAGACAACAUUCUAAUAAAAGUGGCAGAUCCAGUAUUUAUUGGAUAUUGUAAGAGCAAAAAUGCUGAUUGUGCUGCAAAAGUUGUUCAGAAAUCUUCACCAAGUGAAGCAGUUGGUGUGGUAUGUAGAGUGAAUGGACAUUAUAAAGUGGUGGAAUACUCUGAAUUGACAGAUGAAGCUGCAAACAGACGAAACCAGGAUGGACGUCUUACAUUCUCUGCUGGAAAUAUAUGCAACCAUUACUUCUCAGCUGAUUUUCUUCUAAAAAUAUCAGACUUUGAACGGAAACUAAAGCUCCAUGUUGCAAAAAAGAAAAUACCAUAUGUUAAUGAGGGAAUUAAAAUAAAACCAACUGAACCAAAUGGUAUUAAAAUGGAGAAGUUCAUAUUUGAUGUGUUUGAAUUUGCUGAGAAUUUCAUCUGCUUAGAAGUGGCUAGAGAUGUUGAAUUUUCAGCUUUGAAAAAUGCAGAUUCAGCAAAGAAAGACUGCCCAUCAACUGCUCGGGAAGACUUAUUGACGCUUCACAGGAAAUAUAUCAGGGAAGCAGGUGGUAUUAUAACUGAUGAUAUUGAUGUUGAAAUUUCUCCCCUGCUUUCCUAUGGAGGAGAAAAUUUGAGGGAGUUUGUUGAAAAUGAAAUGUUCACAAUUUCACCAUUCCAUUUAAGCGGUAUUUAUGAAAGUAAUGGUUAUCAAAAUGGUAAUCAUUAAUCAGAUCAUAAUCUGAUAAAUAUCAUUCAUUAUACACCCUAGAAUUAAUGAUAUAAAAACUCCUUUGAAUUUAUAUGGAAAGAACAGAAUAUCACAAAAUUUAAAAGUCCUAUUUAAAAAACUGUUUAACAUUAAUUUAAAUUAAUAUCAGUCUGAUAUGAUACUGUAUGACUGAUUUACGAAAUAAUUUUUUUUUUUUGUAAAUGAAAGGCCUUCAAAAAUGUAAAUAUUAGGUCAGAAAAGCUUGCCUUAGCAUUUAGUAAACAAAUUUUAGGCUGUAAAACUAAUUGCAUACUGCCAUUAAGACUUAAACAUUUCGAAAAUGUCAAUGUUAUUUACUAACAAGCAAUGUUUCCUAUAAAUAAUGACCUAACAUUUAUGCAUCUACUAGUCGUAGAAAUUACGAUUGGUUAAGACUAGCCAAGAUCCUUAGUUCAUUCUAUGUAUAUUAUACCCAAACAUUAUUUUUUCUGUACCGUUCUAUUCAUGUUCUUUACAAUUUUUAUAGUAUUUAUAAUUUAUAUCUUUAGCUGAAUCACACGAGAAGUAUAUACUAGACAGUUCAUACGGAAACUAUUCUUCGGGAUUCUUUUAAAUUCAAUUCAAUCCAACGAUAUUAAAGAAGUUAUAGUAAAAAUACGUAUACAUAUGACACACAUGAAGCAAAAAUACUAUGUUUAACAUAGGUUAUAUAUUUUUUUCUAUCCUAUUAACUUUCUUCAAAAUUUCUAGUCAACGGUCAUAAUCACAAUGAAAUUACAAUGUACAUAUGUAAUAUACGUUUUUAGUAUUUAUAGAAACGCUAGUAAUUUGAAUGAAUAUUAGGUUUUAUAUACCGGGAGUGGUAUUACCAUAACGAAUUUAAUUGUUGGUUGCCGAAAACAAAAAAAAAUGUCAUUAUGUAGCUUUCCACUAAUCAAGAAUAUAAACGGAAAUAGUUUCGUAGAAAAAAAUAAACUCGCAAAUUCAAUAUGUUAUCUAUUUCCGAAGAGAAAAGUUGCUAAAUUCCUUUUUUUUAAAAUUGACAAUCGGAAAUUGAAUUGGCCAUGCGCUUGUUUUUUUUUGCAGUUUUAAUUCGGAAAUAAAACCUCCCGGUGACUUAGACAAUCUAGCGAAAGUAAAUUGAACUAUUUUAAUCUAAGUUAUGUAUACAAACUUCCAGCAAAAUGUAUUAUAAUGUCUUUCAUUAAAAUCUUUAUGCUUGACGCAAUUGCUACCCAUUAAUAGAUGUUUAUAUUUUAUAUAAUUGUUAUAGUUGUUUAUGUAAAUAGAUUAAAAAUUGUUUAAGCCCUUUGCCUC